GCUGCUGCCGCACCUGACGAGCCUAUCUUCCCACCCUUGCACAACAAUGCCGGAGCCGAGACAGACUCUCUGGGCUCGGGGCCCACAGCGCCUUCUCGGGCCGGGCCCGGGGCCGGAACUGGAGCUGGAGCUGGAGCCGGAGCUGGAGCUGACGUCGACGACGAUGAGCCUGCCGUCGCCCGUCCCUUCCACCGCACCUCGAGCCCAGACUCGGCUGCCCGAACCGACGACCUGGCUACCGAGGACGGCCGCUCCGGGGACGGUGACGACGAGGGCCGCUCCCACGACGCCGCCGGUGCCGCCGGCCCUUCCCGGCCCCGGCUGCUCCACAAGAUGCACAAGUACAGCCUCUACGAGACGGCGAGCCGCUUCUACAUGGUCGGCGGCGACGUGACGGAGAAGCGAUACCGCAUUCUCAAGAUCGACCGCACCACCGAGGACGCCUCGGACCUGACCAUCACCGACGACAAGACCGUCUACACCCAGAAGGACAUGAACCAGCUUCUCGACACCAUCGACGACGGCAACAAGGGCACCGGUGGCCUCAGGCUCCGCUGCACCACCUGGGGCCUUCUGGGCUUUAUCAAGUUCACCGGGCCCUACUACAUGCUGCUCAUCACCAAGAAGAGCACCGUCGCCAUGAUCGGCGGCCACUACAUCUACCAGAUCGACGGCACCGACCUCAUCCCCCUCACCUCGCCCAGCUUCAAGACGGACCAGCGCAACACGGAGGAGUCGCGCUUCCUCGGCAUCCUCAACAACCUCGACCUGACGCGCUCCUUCUACUACAGCUACUCGUACGACAUCACCCGCACCCUGCAGUACAACAUCACCAGGGAGCGCGCCGCCCUUGUCAACGGCCACCCCUGCUCCUUCGAGGACGACUUCAACUCCAUGUUCAUCUGGAACAACUACCUGCUCCAGCCCGUCGCCAAGGCCAUCAAGGCCCCCUACGACUGGUGCCGCCCCAUAAUCCACGGCUACAUCGAUCAGGCCGCCGUCUCCGUCUACUGGAGGACUGCCUACAUCACCGUCAUCGCCCGCCGCAGCCGUUACUUCGCUGGCGCCCGCUUCCUCAAGAGGGGCGCCAACGACCUUGGCUACGUGGCCAACGACGUCGAGACGGAGCAGAUUGUGUCAGAGGCCCUGACCACGUCGUUCCACGCCCCGGGCCCCAAAUUUUACGCCAGCCCCGCCUACACGUCCUACGUCCAGCACCGAGGCUCUAUCCCGCUGUACUGGACACAGGACAACACGGGCGUGACGCCCAAGCCCCCCAUUGAGCUGAACCUGGUGGACCCCUUUUACUCGGCCGCGGCUUUGCACUUUGACAACCUCUUUGAGCGCUACGGAGCUCCCGUCUACGUGCUGAAUCUGGUCAAGGCUCGGGAGCGCACGCCCCGCGAGAGCAAGCUGCUGGACGAGUACACGCGCGCCAUUGAGUACCUCAACCUGUUCCUGCCUGCCGAUCGCAAGAUCAUGCACCGUGCCUGGGACAUGUCGCGGGCCGCCAAGAGCCGCGACCAGGACGUGAUUGGGACCCUCGAGAGCAUUGCCGAGGAUGUGGUGACCACGACGGGCUUUUUCCAGAACGGCGACGGCCAUACCUCGCCCAUCCGCGUGCAGAACGGCGUUGCGCGGACAAACUGCAUCGACUGCCUCGACCGGACCAACGCGGCACAGUUCGUCAUUGGUAAGCGCGCCCUAGGCCACCAGCUCUUCGCCCUGGGUAUACUGGGCGACACUGUCAUCAAUUACGACACGGACGCUGUCAACCUGUUCACGCACAUGUACCACGACCACGGCGACACCAUCGCCGUGCAGUAUGGCGGGUCGCAGCUCGUCAACACCAUGGAGACAUACCGUAAGAUCAACCAGUGGACGAGCCACUCGCGGGACAUGAUCGAGAGCUUCAAGCGCUACUACAACAACUCCUUUCUCGACGGCCAGCGCCAGGAGGCCUACAAUCUGUUCCUGGGCAACUACAUAUUUGCCCGCGGCCAGCCCAUGCUGUGGGACCUGGCCACCGACUACUACCUGCACCACGAGAACCCGCGAACGUGGCUGGAGCAGAGGAAACGGGACUACAUCCACUGGUUCACCCCCGGUUUUCUCGAAGAGCGAGUCUUGAUGCCAUACCCUCCCGUCAAGACCAAGGCCGCCGCCCACAAGCCCGUGUCGGCCUACGAUGACUACUGGCUCGAGUACUACCGGCCCUCGACACUGUCGUCCUUUCUCAAGAUGUUCCCCUUCAAGAUGAACUCGACAAUCAAGUACAUACCCUUCAAGUCCACCCAGGAAGGCCGGUACGACCUAAGCCCGUUUCGCGUCCGCACCGAUGCGGAUGGCGACGCGAAUGACAAGAAAAAGGCCAAGAAGGAGGUGACGAUACUCGCGCCCCGCGACCUCUCCCGCCUCGCCGAGGAGGCCGCCGAGACGGCAUCCAUCUCCAACGAGAAGGCAAACUUGGCGGGGAGCCGGGGCAUGUCCCUGCAGCGGUGGUUGCAGUCAAGCAACACAGGCGACAUCCCCAAUGGUAAUUAUCACAAUAACGCACAUGCCAACGGCGGCAGGGGCGGCAGCACGGUGCAAGGCAUCAUGAAGGAGUCCAUGGGGCCGUCCAACGGUGUCGACGCCGAGGCGCGCAAGACCAAGGCUAGCGAGCUGGAAAAGUCGCGCGCUGCUCAGUGGACCUUUACGCAGGUGGUGGAGGAGAGCCUCAACCCAACCGUCAGCGCCGCCGAGGCCGACGACUACACCCGCUACGUGAGCCACCCGCACAACCUGCCACUCGUGGUGUCGUCCGACAUCCCCGCCGGCGAGAUCGAGCCCGAGUACCGCGACUACGUCAACGGCGGCAGCAGCUGGCAGCUCCUCGAGGGCACCGGCGCCGGCGCCAUGGGCAGCAACAUCGGCAGUAGCAAUGGAAUGCUGAUGCCCUCGUCGUCGCUAGCGUCAUCAUCGGUUGCAGCGGUGGCGGCGAGCGGCGCCAAGAUUUCCGGCCUCGAAGACGACUGGGCGCUGUACGUCGACACGCUGCGUAUCGGCGAGAACCCACUCACGGUGACGGAGGAGGACGCGCUCAAGAAGCGUUACAAGGCUUACAGGAAGUGGCUGCGCGGCAAGAGCUUGUUCAAGCAGCAGCCGGUGGAUUAG